AUGGAGGCACUUUUUGCUCAAUUCUCCAUUCUAUCAGACCAAGCUCUUUGUGACAAGAACUUCGACCCUUACACCAUAGAAGAUGAUCUCAUGAAGCUCUUUGAGGUGGAAGCUUACAACGCUUGGGCAGCCAUGGAACUCCAUCAAGAAAAGGAAGUUGAAGAAGCUGAGAAUUACAUGAAAGAAGCAGAGCAUCAUAUUAACACUGCUAUGGAAGAUGCCAUGGAAGAAUUUCGCCGUUUCGAAGAGGAAAUGAACCAAAUGGCUAAAGCUGAGUAUGAUAGCCUUGUUGGUGUUGCUGAAAGAGCUAGAAAUAUGGGAAAGACUAUGGAAAAAGUGGCUACAAUUGCUGCCAAGAAGUACAUUGAAGGUGCUGUUAACUCUGCUGGUGCUUCAAUGAAAUCUGCUAUUAAAGCCAUUUCUUCUCACUCUAACAAGGUUCAUCCUUCUUGA